AUGAUGAUCGAUACGAAGAACCCGUAUGCUCUCCCCUUGCAACCAAAGCAGUAUGCUCCGGCCCCUGUCCCUUCGUUAGCAGAAUGGAAGCAGCUCUGGCAUGUCUGGGAACUUGUUACUACCAAGAUGAUACACCCCGAGGCAUUGAUGGAACAACCUAUUCCUUUGAGAAACCCCCUUCUGUUCUACCUCGGCCACAUACCUACGUUUGAAGAUAUCCAUUUGACAAGAGCGACCAAGGGCAAACCAACUGAACCAGCUUAUUAUCAUCAGAUAUUUGAGCGCGGUAUAGAUCCUGAUGUCGACGACCCUUCCAAGUGCCACGAUCAUAGUGAACUUCCAGACGUGUUCCCAAAGUUGGAAGAUAUCCUGUACUAUCGUGAGCGCGUGAAAGCGAGAAUCACAUCGCUUUACGACAAUGAUAGAGCUUAUUCAGAUCGGUGCAUUGGACGCGCUCUUUGGAUAGGAUUCGAACACGAAGCUCUUCACGCUGAGACGUUUCUCUUUAUGACAAUCCAAAGCCAUAACAUUCUACCUCCUUCUGAUAUACCUAGACCUGAUUUUGCAAAGCUAGCCAAGGCGGCUGCUUCGCGACGUAUUCAGAACCCAUGGUUCAAAAUUCCCGCACAGGAAUUUACCAUAGGCUUUCACGACCCCGAGAUUGACGAGGGACCAGAUCGAUUCUUCGCAUGGGACAACGAACGCGAGCCAUACGAGGUCCGAGUUCCCCAACUCGAAGCACAAGGUCGACCGGUGAGCAAUGGCGAGUACGCGAAGCAUUUGUUCAACGCUCAACAGUCUCAAAUUCCAGCAACGUGGUACAAAACACGUUGUGCUGGAGAAGACGAGGAUUUCACAACGUUCAUUGCCCGGCACGGCGUCAAAACCGUUUGGGGCCCUAUUACCUUGGCUCAAGCAUUGGACUGGCCCGUGAUGGCCUCUUUUGAUGAGGUCAAGAGAUACGCCGACUGGGCUGGAGCUCGCCUACCCAAGAUUCACGAAUUGCGUAGUAUCCACGAAUAUGUUGAACGCGGACGGAAGGCACCUGAGAGUCGAGUCAAUCAUCAAUUCCACACAGACCCUGGCGCCAUUUUUGUUGACUUGGCGGAGACAAAUUCUGGAUUUCGGAACUUCAAUCCUACAGGUGUCACACAUAAAAAUUAUCUUUGCGGACUGGGUGAUACCGGAGGAGCAGCUGAAUGGACGGGAUCUUUGUUUGAGCCACAGCCUGGAUUCAAACCAAUGGAUAUUUAUCCUGGAUAUAGUGCCGACUUUAUGGAUGAGAAGCACAUGGCGGUGGUUGGAGGAAGUUGGGCGUUGCACCCACGUGUUGCUGGUCGAAAGAGCUUCUUGAACUGGUGGCAGACAAAGUAUCUCUGGCCGUGGGUAACGUUCCGUCUUGUACGAGACGUUGAGUAA